AUGGGCCUCAUCGUCGAGCCUCUACAGGAGGAAGAACUUGACGAGUUCAUCAGGAUCUACUGGUCGGCGUUCGAGCCUUUGUCUGCCAACAUGUACUUCCCUAUGAUCUAUCCCAAUGGUCUUAAGCCCGAUCUCAUAGCCCGCAUUCGAGCUCGUAUCCUGCGGGCAACCAAGGGCGACCUGGCAUCCCACUGCUUCUGCGCCAAAGACACAUCGUCCGGCUCCAUUGUAGCCGUAUCCUGGUGGGAGGAGGAGCACGACCCACCGCAGACUCAAGGACAGGUUGAUGCAAAUUUCGCACAGGCUUACGAGGCUCGCAAUGACAGUCCAUCUGUCGAAGGAUUCCAAGCAGACCUGGACUACGCAGCGUUCAGAGCGGCCUUCUACUCUGAAGCGGAAGUCAUGCAGGGCCGGCCAUACAUGACAUUGAAGUUGCUUGCCACGAGCCCAGGGCACCAUAGACGAGGCGCUGGAUCGCUGUUACUGAAGCAUGGCUUGGAGAAGGCAGAUCGCGUGGGGCUGCCGGUGUACCUUGCCACAGGAGUGACCGGGAAGCCGUUGUAUGAGCGGUUUGGCUUCGUGUACCAGCGGGACAUGCCGAUUAAUUGUCUUGAAUACGGUGGUAGGUCCAAUGGGCGCCACUGGUGUAUGCUGAGGCCCGCCGCCAAAGAAGGUGAGAGCGAGACGUGA